AUGUCGACUCUCAGGCCGUCCGAAGCUGGGCACCCAUGUAUCCAGAGAGAUGCUACGACAGAUCACUCGCAAAUGACUUCCGAGCUUGCCUUCACUCCACGUUCCGUUCUGAACAGUGAAAUGCAUGUCGAAGACGCCAGCCCCUUCUCUGGUGACUCAACUAGUCGCAACUGUGACAUUGAGUUUCCUUUGUACAGCCGAGCCACACUACCUAUGGAAAUCGUUCGCGAAGAGGAUCGCAUCCCAAUCGCAAUCACCCGGUGCCUUUCAGGUUCGGAUGCGGGAACCGUUCACGGUCAUCUCGAAGAAGAUCAAUUAGCUCAUGCCCAGUCCCAUAACACCGGACAUGCUGGGCAGCCUUCAUACAGUCCGCGAAAGUCGCUGCCGUCUCAUUGGCUCCCGAAAAGCAGCGGCCCGAAUCUUGCGACAGCGCAACGCUCCAAAGAACGUUCGCACAAGAAGGACUCUCAGAGCGGCUCUCCGAUCCAAGUCAAGACUAUCCGUGGAGCACGUUCGGCCAUUGAUUUUCGCAAAUCGUAUGACAUAGAGAGCCCUACAUAUUUGACAAAAGAAGCCCUUGCUGCUGUCGAGAAUGACAUGUCAUCUCCGACAAGCGCAGAUGGCCUACAUAGACUGCGUCGCUCGCCAUCCAAGCCGUCGUGGCGCAGUCCCGCCACCUCGCCACUGCGAAGUAGCCCAAGCCAGCACACGACGAAUAACAUGAAGAUGUCGCCAACUCGGGCUGGUCUGCUCAAAGCUGGUUCAACAUCAGGUAGUCACUCGAGGGCGGCCAGCAGCGUAACGACGUCCUGCAAAACUUUCCACACUGCGAAUGAAUCGCCUGUAAGAAGUCCUUCAGGCACAGAGCUGAGCUUCCACUCAGCUUCAGAAUAUCCUGAAGAUGCUCAAAUCCCUCAUUUGAAGCUUGAUACUGAUGUUGAGCUGCUACAGUCCCAUCGUCGCCAUGACAGCACAAGUCCCGUCAAGCAACAAGCUGCGACCGUUGGGAAGACCAAAUAUACCAAGCCGAGACUCGCACUGCACAUUCCCAUUACAGGAUUCAUUGGCGAUAGUGACUCGGCUGCUUCGCCAUUAGUGAUAUUGGGCAGCUCUACGACCAACCCAAGGUCCUCUAGCCCAGAUCUACCACGAUUGCCUUCUCGUAUCCCUCGCGGCACUGCAACUGCCAAGUCCGGUAGUGCCUAUAGUGCGACGCAAAGCUCACUUCUGAAGCGGGCACAAUCUGUUCGCUCAUUGGCUACGAAAUCGAGCAUUCAGAAUAUUCCCUUUAAUGAGCCACAUCAGAUCCCUUUGCCGGAAACUCCUGUAGCUUCUUCGCUUCGUCAGGUUCGUACGGUUAACAGUUCAGGCUCGACCCCUAUCCUGUCACGUCACUCAGCUCGGGAAACUACUAAACCCUCUCAUGGGUUAGCUGGGUCCCUAAAUGGCUAUUCCUCCUCAGAAAUUGACGAAUCCGACCAGCUCACCCGACUAGCACUAGAGCCUGUAUGCCUUAGUGUAGCAUAUACACACGACUCAAGUAGGCUCCCUAAUUGUGACGGCACUGAGCCUGGAUCACGGGCUACAAGCUCUGCAACUGUUAAGGCUUUGCCAUUGCUCGCGAAGCCUGCGCCAACGGAUUCUUCAAUUACAUAUGGCCGCAAGAAGGCGGAUAGCCAUGGUGUGACCAUUGGUACGAAUUCUUAUCGUCACACGUCAAAACUACCCACGAUCACCGUCAUGAUGACUGAUAACCCUGAUCUGAUUGCCGAUUUAGGGAGUCUCAACAUACGUAACAGCAUCGAAAAUUUCGAGCUCCCGAGUUCCAGAAUCAAAUCCCCUACAGAUUCGUCAACACGUGGUAGGACUGUGCGGUAUGUUUCUGAGAUCCGAAUACAGACAGAGAGUCAGCAUUCAUUACGAUCUAGUGGUAGCUCUGAGCUUCGUGCGACUGCUCCCGAAUUCGUGCCUCGGUCUAUCGUGGAUAAACCAAUUCAAUCUAACCAGAAUGGUCUGCCUCAAUCUGCUUCUGAGCCGCCCGAUGUUAUUCCCACCGAUGUGUCAGAUCCGCCGCAAUUCCAGCCGGCACCUUGGUUUCCGCUAGACAUGUCCGGACUCGACAAGCACGGAAUUCCAUGGUUUUACUACAUGAAUCCAGUCCAGGUUGCUUACGACCAAGGCUUUCGCAAUGGCCGCUCAAAGUCUCCCCGCAAGUUCAAACACAAGAAGCAGCGACACUCACUCUCAUCUCCAACUGAUGUACAUAAUUGCAUGCCAGACCAGAAUCUGCCGCCGUGCAAAGCCAUUACUGCGGCCCCGCCUCUGGCCACCAUGGGUCAGCGAUUGUCUUCGAGCGAGUUGAUGCCGCCUUCUCCCAUUCCUGAUCAUAGGCGCCAGCAGGAGUCGAACGAGAAUAUGACUCAGAGUAGCAGUGAAUCCCUAACUCAUAGAGCUGAAACGCGCAACGAUCAAAUGAACGACAGGGAUGUACCCUUUGCUCGCCAACUAGACCAUAUCGCCCAGCAAGACGUUCUCGUAAAUAACACCAACAUCGAGCGCCCCCACGGUCCUCGCAUCGACUUCAGAUCCAUCCAAAACGUCACUCGCGAGCAAGAGUCCCGCAACCCACGUUACACAAACUAUCACACCAUGUUCACGCGCCACGGCCGCUACCACCAUCGCCACGCCGGCAACGGCCUAUAUAACGGUCGGGGCAGCGUCGGUGUCCCCAUGUUCGCGACAACUCCUUUCCCAGACCCCGCGCCACCUCAGGGGCGCCCGCCUCUGGGACCGGGAGGUAGACCUGUGGUUAUUGGCACGGAAGCUUGCGGAAUGAUUGAUGUUGUCUUUGCAGCGGAACUGGGUGGAGGUUGGCCCUGUAACACAUGCGCGCCGGACCACUGA